AUGGACCGAGUGACCAGGCAGCCCAUCUUUAGCAUUCCCCGCUCACCCAAAGUCAGUGGCCUGCCAAGCGACCUGGAAAACCACUACACCUUUGACAUCAUUCAAGUGGAGUCAGAAUCCCCAGGCUGGGAUACAGAUAUUGAUGGAGUGAAUUCCGAUGGCCCGAGCUUCAGGUUUAGGCCAGAGGAGACUCCGGGCCUGAGGAUGGUGACGGUCACUCGGGAAAUAGUCUCCGUGCCCCUGGUCCAAGAGACGAAGCACGUCCUGACUAAAAACUCCAGGACCGAACCGUGGACCCCUCCCCAGGAGCGAGAGGCCCAGUUGGAGGUGCUGAGGACCGGACCUACCUACAGCCUCCGAGCUUACCCCGAGGAGCACCACCCUGGGAAGUUGUACUCUGAGGAAGAAGAAGAGGAGGAGCAGCAACUGUACCGCCUGGGGCCUGGCGAAAACGUCUUUCUAAAGAGGAAGAAGGAUCUAGAACGGGAGCGAGAGGCGAUCAUCCGGGGCCAGGCGGUGAGGAGGAACACCACGGUGGCCACUCGCUGGAGCUCCCAAGAGGAGCUGGAUAAGAUCAGCUCUGGCCAGGGCCAGAGUGCAGCCUCUGACCCUGAGAAUGCCAUAGAUACCGACCAGAUUAACUUCCUAGCUGCCCGGCAACAGUUCAUGAACUUGGAGAAGUUGUCCUUGAAUGACCAGCCUGCUCCGAAAUCCUUGGGAAGGGCCACGAGGGCAUCACCUGAAGCAGGCAGGGCCGGUGUGGGCCAAAGCACCAGAUACUCCGGGUCCGGUAAAGCCGGACUGACCAACGGUUAUACUGUCUCCUUCAAGGCCCAGGGGAAGGACAACGCUGAAGGAGCCGGGGCUGGUCUGGGUAAUUCGGGCCCAGCCUCCCUUAGCCGCUCCAUGGUCCAAUUAUCCUCACCACCUGUUGAGGAUGCUUCAGCCCUGGGCUCUGGGGAGGGGCUGCCAGAAUUGGUUCCCCCUCACGAGGAGCCAAAGGAGACGCCCAUCGAGAAGGAGAUCCGCCGGGCUCAGGAGCGAGAGGCCGAUCUUCGGCAGCAGCGGGGGCUGCAGCGGUCAGGCAGCCGGGAUGAGCUGGUGGAGAUCCCAGCCAGGCUGGUGUUGUCCAAGGUGAACCUGAUCUUGACUCCCACCCCCAAGAAAGGGAAAGAUAAGGGGCGGCCGUCAUCCUUAUACAUUCAGAGAGAAAUAGCCCUGGACACAAAGCGUGAAGAGGACCACCGCCGGCAAGCUGCGCUUCCCAAGCCCAUCAGUGCUACAAACAGGGCCUCCGGGCCCAGCCAUCUGGCCAAAGGCUCGGCGCCCCCAAAGGGAGCCCCCACGAUGAGGCGGACGCAGAGCUCUGACUCUAUCCUGAGUCUGACUUCUGACACCCACCCGGUGGAGGCCACCCUAGAAGGAAAGAAGAUCAGCCGUAUUCCCUUGGAUGCCUACCAGCCUUACCUGACCCCAAAUAGCACCAAGAUGGAGUUCUCCAAUUCUUCCAGCAAAGUGGAUUCUUCCCUGGACUAUGGGCGCCCCACCAAGGGCUCCAGAGAGGAGAAAGGUGUAGAUGUAUUUCCAUCCUCCUCACAAAGGGCAGCCUGGGGGGGACAGAUCACGGAGCAGCCCAGGAAGUCACAAACCACUACCAUUCAAAGGCAGGAGCUACAGAGGCCCUCAUUCCAAGAGUCUACCCCAAAGGCCUGGGAAACUCAGGGACGUGAGGCCCUGGGCACCAGGUGGGAGGAAAACGUGGCUAGUCCUCUUCCUUCCUUGCAAAAGGCAUCCUGGAGUGGGGAGCAGAUCAGAGAGCAGCCCAGGAAGUCCCAAGCUUCUCCCACUAAAAGGCAGGAGCUACAGAGGCCCUCGUUCCAAGAGUCCACCCAAAAGGCCUGGGAAACUCAGGGACGUGAGGCCCUGGGCACCAGGUGGGAGGAAAAUGUGGCUAGUCCUCCUCCUUCCUUGCAAAAGGCAUCCUGGGGUGGGGAGCAGAUCAGAGAGCAGCCCAGGAAGUCCCAAGCUUCUCCCACUAAAAGGCAGGAGCCUUGGGGGUCCCCAUCCCAAAAGUCUACCCAAAAGGCCUGGGAUGCUCAGGAGCGGGCUGCUGGGGAUGCUAGCCAGGGCGUGAUACGACGGGACUACUUCUAUCUACGGCCCCUAAAGAUCAAGUUCACCUUCUCGCCUGAGCCCAACAAGGCUAGUGUUCCCCGGCAGGAGCGCGUCUGGGAGCCCAAGGGCCAUGUUGAGCAGGUGGCCACCCCCCCUAAGCCUUCCAGGUCUCAGUCCUCUAGCCUGCUGGAGAUGGAAAUCCAGAGUGUCCUGCAGCGGGAAAGGGAGCUGGAGGAAGAGCGGAGAAACGCCUUGUUCCCAGAAGUGUUCUCCCCUUCUGCCGAGGAGGACCAGCCCUUUGAAUGGGGAACUCCAGACUCCAGGCGUUCAUCCACAGCUUCAGGUAAGGGCCUUGUCCCUAGGACAGCCUUAGGUAGCAUCCCCCAGGCUUGA